AAAAAUAAAUUUUUAUUAUAAAAUUGCCAUCUCUGAGUAUUAACAAAGACUACCUAGAGAGGACUCUGUAAUACCGACUGUGUAGUUUUUAUAGUUACAAAAUUUUGCCAACCUCUUUCGUGUCGUCGUUAGUGCAAGAAGCAUUAAAAUGGCAAAGACUAAGGCUGAAAAGAAAAGAUCAGCGAUCACCGAAGUGGUGACCCGCGAAUUCACUAUCAACCUUCACAAAAGGUUACACGGUAUCGGGUUCAAGAAGCGCGCACCCCGUGCCAUUAAGGAAAUCCGUAAGUUCGCUGAAAAACAAAUGGGCACCCCAGACGUGAGGAUCGACACCAGAUUGAACAAGAGUCUGUGGUCCAAAGGAAUCAGGAAUGUUCCUUUCCGUGUCCGCGUCCGUCUUUCCCGUAGGAGAAACGAUGAUGAAGAUUCCGUCAACAAAUUGUACACUCUUGUCACAUAUGUUCCAGUAGCUUCUUUCAAAGGUCUUCAGACAGAAAAUGUAGACGCUAGCCAAGAAUAAGUGACGUUAUAAUAAAUUUUUUAAUUUAACAA